UUAAGGUUUGGACAAAAGACUCCGGGCAAAGCCAGAUCCAUCCCCAUUUGGCUGCCAUGGCGGUCGUCUCCUCUCCUCUUCCGGUGGCGUCCGCCGACCACGACAAAUCCUCCGCCUCCCCCAUCACUCCCACCGCCGCCGACGUCUCGUUGGAAUCCUUGACGACGACGGUGGACUUUGGAGCCGCGGAGGCCGUGGCUCUGGUGCGGUCGCUGACCGAUGUGGGCGCCAUGACUCGCCUUCUCCAUGAGUGCGUCGCCUACCAGCGUGCCCUCGACACCCGCCUCGAAUCCCUCCUUGUCCAGCGUCCCGACCUCGAUCGCCACCUCCUUGCCCUCACUGGCCCUCGGUCUUCCCACCUCCUCGACAUCGCCCGCUCCGACGCGUCCCUCCUCCUCUCCUCCGCCCGCUCUACCUCCGCACUCGCUGAUCGUGUCAGCCGACAUGCCCGAGACCUCGACCUCGCCCAAUCCCGCGUCAGGGACACCCUCGCCCUCGUCGAUGCAACACUCGAUCGGUCCCGCUGCCUUGAGGCCGCCCGCCGCGCCCUCGCCGAUGACGAUCUCGAAGCGGCUGCUCGCUCCGUCCAUGAAUUCCUGCAUAUCGACGCCCGAUUCAGCCGCAGUCCCAACAGCAGCAAUGACGAGCAGCGCCAACAGCUCCUCGACGUCAAGCGCCAGGUCGAGUCCAUUGCCCGCCAGCGACUGGCUGCUGCCAUCGAACAGCGUAACCACCCUGCCGUGCUCCGUGUUGUCCAGGCCUUCCCUCCUCUUGGUCUCCAGGAUGAGGGCCUCCAGAUAUACGUCGCAUACCUGAAGAAGGUCAUCGCCCUCCGUGCUCGCCUGGAGUUUGAGCACCUGGCAGAGCUUGCGGAGCAGGCGGCUGCUGCUGCCAUCACCCAGUCUGAGCGUCCUGAUUUCAUUGGCUGCCUCACCAGUCUCUUCAAAGACAUUGUGCUCGCUAUCCAGGAAAAUGACGAGGUUCUACGGAGUCUGUGCGGAGAGGAUGGGAUCGUCUACGCCAUCUGUGAACUUCAGGAGGAGUGCGAUUCUAGGGGCACCCAGAUCCUGAAGAAGUACGUGGAUCACCGGCAUCUCUCUCGGCUCACCUCUGAGAUCAAAACCCCGAGCAGCAAUUUGCUCUCAGUUGGAGUCGCUGAGGGUCCAGAUCCAAGGGAAAUUGAGAUGUACAUGGAGGAUAUCCUUUCAUUGAUCCAACUAGGAGAGGAUUACACUGAAUUCAUGGUGUCAAAGAUCAGAGGCUUGGAGUCUGUUGACCCGGAACUUGGCCCCAAAGCUACCAAGGCAUUCAGAAGUGGGAGUUUUAAUAGGAUGUUGAAAGAGCUGAUUGGUUCAUAUGUUAUCCUUGAAGAGUUCUUCAUGGUGGUGAAUGUGCGGAAGGCUAUUGAGAUAGAUGAGCCUGUAGCUGAUAGUCUGACAACUUCUAUGGUGGACGAUGCAUUUUAUGUGCUUCAGAGCUGCUGCAGGAGGUCAAUUUCAACAUUAAACAUUAGUUCAGUGUUUGCAGUGCUGAGAGUUGCAAUGGAGCUGUUGAUCAAGGACUACCAAGAAAUAUUGCAGCAAAAAAUGAGAGAACCUAACUUAGGAGCGAAGCUGUUUUUGGGUGGUGUUGGCGUGCAAAAAACUGGUACAGAGAUUGCUACCAUGUUGAACAACAUAGACGUUAGCGCAGAGUAUGUUUUAAAGCUACGCCAAGAAAUUGAGGAGCAAUGCGCACAGGUCUUCCCCACACCAACAGACAGAGAAAAAGUGAAAUCUUUCUUAGCUGAGCUUAGUGACAUAAGCACUGGAUUUAAGCAAAUUCUACAUGCAGGUUUGGAACAGCUUGUGGCAACCAUCUCACCUCGUAUCCGACCCAUUCUGGACACUGUAGCCACCGUCAGCUAUGAGCUUGAUGACUCAGAAUAUGCAGAACAUGAGCUGAACGACCCAUGGGUCCAAAAGCUUCUUCAUGGAGUCGAGACCAACACCUUGUGGCUCCAACCUCUGAUGACAUCCAACAACUAUGAUUCAUUCAUUUACAUGGUACUCGAUUUCAUUGUGAAGCGACUUGAAGUGAUCAUGGUGCAGAAAAGGUUCAGCCAACUGGGUGGCCUCCAGCUCGACAGGGAGGUGAGGGCACUCAUCAACCAUUUCUCCGAAAUGUCACAGAGACCUGUUCGAGACAAAUUUGCCAGACUUUCACAAAUGUCAACCAUCCUUAACUUUGAGAAAGUCACAGAGAUUUUAGAUUUCUGGGGGGAGAAUGCAGGUCAUGUCACAUGGUUGCUCACUCCAUCUGAGGUCAGAAGGAUCUUAGGCCUCAGAAUUGACUUUAAGCCUGAAGCUAUUGCUGCUUUGAGUUUGUGAAUGGGUUUGCUGCUAUAUUUGCUCUAUUCCUUUGAAGUUACUCUACAUGGUAAUGAGGACCGGGGACUAUAUUAGGACUUUUAUGCUGCUACUGUUUAUAUCUUCAAAUGAGAGAUUGAUAUUGAUUUUGGUCA